ACCCAACUGCGUAACAUUCGUUGACCUCCGUACACAACAGUAUAGUUGGGUAACAGAAGCUCCGUGUAAGGUGACAGCGUGAAUAUGAGUGUGAGUUUGUGUAAAUCCGUGCUGAUAACCGGCUCCAGCAGAGGAAUAGGACUACAGCUGGUGAGAGAGCUCGCGAAAAGCAGCAAUAGACCCCCUACCAUCAUAGCGACAGCCCGCAAUCCAACUAGCUCCACGGACCUGCAGGAGCUCUCCAAAACCUACCCAGGUGUUCAUAUUGUGACAUUAGAUGUGGAGAGUCAGCAGAGUAUCAGCUCAGCCCUGGAGGAGGUCCAGUCCAUUGUAGGAAAUAAUGGACUGAAUUGUCUGAUCAAUAACGCCGCUAUCGGAUUCUCCAUGGACAUAAAUGCCAUAACUCCAGAGGCCAUGAUGAAGACCUUCCAGGUCAAUAGUGUUACGCCCCUCUUUGUCACAAAGGCUUUCUUGCCUCUGCUGCAGACCGCCGCAGCACAGUCAACAGGGAUGGGGAUCCACAGAGCAGCCGUUAUCAACAUCUCCUCUAUCCUUGGCUCCAUUACGUGCAACUGGGGUGAAGCUGCCAACUUAAAGAGCUACGCCUACCGCACCUCCAAAGCUGCACUGAACAUGGUGACCAGGUGUCUAGCUGCUGACUUGGGGUCAGAUGGAAUCCUCUGCAUGUCUCUGCACCCUGGCUGGGUCAAAACAGACAUGGGAGGGCCUCAAGCUCCUUUGACAGUAGAGGAGAGUGUUUCUGGAAUGCUGUCUGUGCUCUCCCAUCUAACAGAUAAGGACCAUGGAGGAUUCAAGGACUACCGUGGAGACAACUUACCCUGGUAAACUGAAACACUGGGUGUAACAUAAUCAAACCUGCUCUGUUGAGGAUAUUAUCAAAGUAGUGAGCCCCUGGUUAGUGUCAAUAACUUAAGAACAUACAGCAUACAUAUACUGGCUACCUGCAAAUCUUUGUAUUGCCCUGUUCUUCUGCGGUUUUAACAAAUUGGUUUAUUCAAGAAUUUCUCAUCAUUUAAAUGUUUUAAAGACGUCAAACUCAGUUAUCUAUCUGACAGAGAACAGCACAUGUCAAAAGGUCCAAGCUUCUUCAAAUUAUGCUGCAAGGAUCUAUUCCUGGCCUGGUGAUUUUUUUUAAUUUAUGUCAAUUGACCGCCUAUUUUUUGUGAGGAUAUCUUUCCAUUUUUGUUUGCUGAUGAUAUGAGUUUUAUAGCGUCACACAAAGAUUUUAGUACACUAAUGCAAAAUUAAUGAAUGUGGAAUUUUUAAGUGGUUUCAGUAAUAAUAAACUUACCACAAUAUUAAAGGACAAAAACAACCUUCAUAAUACCAAGUCAUAAUUUUGAGAUAACAAGUCACAGUUUAGUUUAGAAUCAUGAUAAUAAGUCAAAGAGUAAUGAUAAGUAUCUGUUUUUGACAGUUCAGUAAUUUUCUUUAUUUCCUGGCAGCAAUGGGCUUAGGCAUAGUGUAGAGACUCUCUAUACCAGUAAUGGAGAAGCAAAGAUGAUCUGGAACAAAUCUGUAUUGAUGAUUCUUUGUCAUAGUAAAUCCAAAAGAGCAAGUUUAACAGCCCUUCUGUUGACUGGGAAUUCAGACAUUUUAUAGAAUAGUGCAGAAGGUGAUUUUGAUUAUUGUGAUUUUUACGAGGAAGAAAUAAAUUCAGACUGUCCAGUCAGUCCAGUGCCA